AUGGAUGCCAAAGAAGCCUCCCCCGCCGCCACCGAUUUGAAGAGACCGAGAGAAGAGGAUGAAAUAAACGGCGCCGCCGCCGCCGCUUCGAUGGAGACGGAUAGCCCCGCUCCCGCCGCUAACGGCGAUCAGACGAAGGAGCCUGCUUGUUUCUCCUCCGUGAUUCCUGGGUGGUUCUCCGAAAUGAGUCCCAUGUGGCCAGGAGAGGCACACUCUUUGAAGGUUGAGAAGAUUUUGUUCCAAGGGAAAUCAGACUACCAGGAUGUGAUUGUAUUCCAGUCUGCGUCAUAUGGAAAAGUUUUGGUUUUGGAUGGAGUAAUCCAACUUACAGAAAGAGACGAAUGCGCUUAUCAGGAAAUGAUCACUCAUCUUCCAUUGUGCUCAAUCCCUAACCCAAAGAAGGUUUUGGUCAUUGGAGGUGGAGAUGGAGGUGUCCUGCGUGAAGUUGCACGCCAUGCUUCUGUUGAGCACAUUGACAUGUGUGAAAUUGAUAAAAUGGUGGUCGACGUGUCUAAGCAAUUCUUCCCUAAUGUAGCAAUCGGAUACGAGGAUCCUCGUGUGAACCUCGUCAUUGGCGAUGGUGUUGCUUUCUUGAAGAAUGCUGCUGAAGGAUCCUACGAUGCUGUUAUUGUUGACUCCUCAGAUCCAAUCGGUCCUGCAAAGGAGCUGUUUGAGAAACCAUUCUUCCAAUCUGUGGCAAGAGCUCUUCGUCCUGGUGGAGUUGUGUGUACUCAAGCUGAAAGCUUGUGGCUUCACAUGGACAUCAUCGAAGACAUUGUUUCCAAUUGCCGUGAGAUCUUCAAGGGCUCUGUCAACUAUGCGUGGACCAGCGUUCCAACAUACCCUAGUGGGGUAAUUGGAUUCAUGCUCUGUUCAACUGAAGGACCUGACGUUGACUUCAAACACCCAGUGAACCCUAUUGAUGAGAGCUCCAGUAAAUCAAAUGGUCCCUUGAAGUUCUACAACGCUGAGAUCCAUUCAGCUGCCUUCUGCUUGCCUUCUUUUGCCAAGAAGGUCAUUGAGUCAAAAGCCAAUUGA